GAAAUUGGUGUUUUCGCUAGAUUCGCCAAGAGAAGGGGAGCGAGAGCUGAAACCUUACAGAGAAAGUGGCUGCAAUGUCUGGAUCUGAGGACAGCAGUGUCCAACUGCAGUGUUGUGUAACAACAGAGCACCUAAAUGCGUCUGGACAAGCCACCCGGAGGCAGGUCAUCCGCAAAGCCACUGUUGUUCUGGGACGGAAUGAGUUCCAGGAAAUCAUCCUUCGCAUCCAUGACGGAAAAGUGCCGCAAAAUUAUCCUCUGAAAGACUUCAAACUUUUCACAAAAUUUGCCCGUGAUGGGAAGUGCACUGUCAAACUGCUCCCUGAGAACAUCCAGGUGCUCAUCUCUAACUGCCCUCCUGACCAACUCAGCCUCUUCCUAAGAACUCUGAGCAUCAAACACCAGGCCAGGAUGGGGAGCAAACCUCUGAGCGACCGAGAGAAGUUCAAAGCAGGGUUGCCUCGCAGCUUUGAGGCCAUCAGCCCCCUGCAGCAAAAAGACCUCCAGAAGGUCAAUGAGCUCAGAAGUACAUGUAAUGGUCGUCCCAAAGGCCUUUCAGACUGCACAAAUAGGACCAUAGGAGCAGGAAGUGGACAGCAGGUCAAAAGAUCAAGGAGCGUCUGUAACUUCAGCCCUGUGAAAGCCAACCCCAGCAAGAAGCCCAUCCUGUCACUACCGUCUUGUAAGCUGAACCAAGGACAGGCUGCUGUCCUCAGCGCUGUGUUGAGUGGAAAGAACGUCUUCUUCACAGGCAGCGCAGGUACUGGGAAGUCCUUCUUACUGAAAAGAAUAAUUGGGUCACUCCCUCCAAAGAGCACCUUUGCUACCGCCAGCACAGGAGUGGCUGCAUGUCACAUUGGAGGAACAACACUACACAACUUUGCAGGUAUUGGCUCUGGCUCGGCCCCAUUGGAACAGUGUAUCGAGCUAGCCCAGAGGCCCGGGGUGCUGCAGCACUGGACCAGCUGUCGACACCUCGUCAUUGACGAAAUCUCCAUGGUGGAUGCUACUUUCUUUGACAAGCUGGAGUCUGUGGCCAGGUCAGUGAGGAGGUCCACUGAGCCAUUUGGGGGCAUUCAGUUGAUUAUUUGUGGGGAUUUCCUUCAGCUGCCUCCUGUUUCUAAGGGGAAGGAAAAGGCCAAGUUCUGCUUCCAGGCCAGAUGUUGGCGCAAAGUCAUCCAGGUCAACAUGGAGCUAACAGAGGUGCGGCGACAAACAGAUGGGUCCUUCAUCUCCCUCCUCCAGGCGGUGAGGGUGGGCAGGGCAACAGAAGAGGUCACGACCAAGCUGACAGAAAGUGCCUACCGUCAGGUCGACAGGGGCGGUAUCGUAGCAACCAGACUGUGCACACACAAGGACGAUGUGGAGCUCACCAACGACAAUAAGCUGCAGCAGCUGCCAGGGUCAGCGCGACUGUUUGAGGCUUUAGACAGCGACCCGGCCUUGGCGAGGACGAUAGACGUCUACAGCCCCGUCAGCAGACUGCUUCAUCUCAAAGUGGGAGCACAGGUCAUGCUGACAAAGAACCUGGAUGUCACUCGAGGUCUGGUGAACGGAGCCCGAGGGGUAGUGGUGGCUUUUGAGCCUGGAAAACACGGACUCCCACGCGUGCGCUUCCUGUGUGGCGUCACCGAAGUGUUGAAGCCUGAACGCUGGGUGUUUAAGUCCGGGGGCGGAGCCUACCUGAGCCGACAGCAGCUGCCACUUAAACUGGCCUGGGCUAUUUCCAUCCACAAGAGUCAGGGUAUGACAUUAGACUGUGUGGAAAUCUCUCUGGCUCGUGUUUUUGAGAGCGGCCAAGCAUACGUUGCCUUGUCUCGGGCUCGGAGCUUGGAAGGUCUGAGGGUUAUGGACUUUGACCCGCGUGUGGUCCGGGCUGACCCAGAUGUUCUUCUCUUCUACAAGAAACUGAGGAAGGAAAGGCUGCUCAUGCAGACCGCCAUGGAUGACUAUGUUGACAGUGGCAACAAAGAGAAUCUCUGGUGAGAGUAGUUCUGCACCAUCUGUAUGGUUUCAGUUUUAUUGCACUUGCUACCAUGUAGCCACAUGGGGAAAACUUGAUUAUCAAGGAAAGUCUAUUCAGGGACUCUUGCGGCCCUGAUUGUACACAAUGGAGUCAUACUGCCACCAUGUGUUCAGUAGUCUUUUUUUUUAAUAAAGCUUUUAAAUGUUACAUGCCUUAUUUAUUGUCAUCAUGUUGUAUCAAAUAU